UUUUUGUUUUUUUUUUCUAACAUUGUAUUUUUUGUUUUGUAGGAAUCACUUAUUCCCAUCAGUCAUCGAGGGACAUGUCGAUUGCCUAAUCGGCAUCCUCAUCUCGAGCCCUAUCUAGAGAGGACGAGAUUGCACAUGCUGAGGCAUUUAAUGCGGCUUGAUAUCGACAACGAUAUGCUUACGGCAAUGGCAGAGCGAUGACGCCCCAAAGUGCAUACGUUCCACUUUCCCGAGAGGGAAAUGACGAUCAUCCUUAGAGAUGUUGCCCUACUCACCGGGCUGCCGGUCACUGGAGAGGCCAUUAUCGACAACUCAAGUAAACCCGAAGGUGGUUGGGGGCCGUUGAUUCUCGAGCGUUUGGGGUUCAACAUGCCGACCACAACGCCCGUUCAAGGGGUUGGACAUCCACCGCUCACUGCGGGGCAAGUUUCAAUCUCGUGGCUUGUUGAACACAUCCAACAUGAAGUGAAUUUAGGGCCAGACACCCCCGAAGAUCGGGUGGAGCGAUAUGCAUGCGUCUACCUCAUUGGAUUGGUUGGUGGAUUUCUGUUCCCCAACAAGGCAAACCGGUGGAUUCAAGGCAUGUGGUUCCCGUUGCUCCUCGGUGAUUGGGACGAGAUCGGGGGAAAGAGUUGGGGGUCGGCCGUAUUGGCUGGGAUCUACCGAGAGCUGUGCACUUUCUCGAGGUUGGGAGCGAAACAAGCUGGAGGUACGUGACUCACUUCUACUGUCACUCUAGGAAUUGGCCAAGUGAAACCACUUCCUAAAGUGUAGUAUAGCGGGUUUGGAUUUAAAUGUCAACCCGGGUCCUAGAUUUGAUGACUACUCGGUGAAUUCUUGUUAUCUAGCAAUGAAACUUUAAUGCAAGUCUAAACUAACAAACAAGCAAAGCAAGUAAACGGUUGUUUUCAGGUUAAGAGAGGUCACCCGGAUAUGGUUCCCCCUAGACUGCAGUUAAGCCGGAUUGCAAUUACCAAGUUCAGUUUCUAUGAUAGUUAUACUGCGGAAGGUUCUUAAACAGCCUGAAGUCUCGACUAAAGGUCUUCAGACCCUCUCAAUCUGAGUCUCUAGCGGGCGACUAACCUCCACCGGAGUAAACAGAUUAAGGCCCU